AUGCCUGUUCGAAAACAAGAUGCUUAUCGAGCAUUAGAAUUGCUUGAAGAAUAUUAUAAUCGUCUGGAUUCACCUGCAGAUAAACCAUUAAAAGAUGCUAUUGACAGAGUUAUCAAAGUCUUUAAAAGCCGUCUUUUCCAAGCACUUAUGGAUAUUCAAGAAUUUUAUGAAUCUAUUUUACUUGACGAACAAAGUGAUGGUACAGCUAAAAUGAAUGCAACACAUCAAUUAGCUGAUGAAUGGGAAAAACAACCAAUGCUUAGACGUGACAUACGAAAUGGUCCAACAACAACAAUAACUACUACUACUACUAAAGAACCACCACCAAUAAUAUCAUCAAUUGUAACCGAUAAUCCAGUAAUACGUCCAUCUAAUAUUAAAGAAGAUAUUAUACGACAACCAACACCAACACCAUUUUCUCAAAUAACUAAUGUGCCAGAUACAACUAAUCGUCAAAAUACAACAGAUUUAAAUUUACCUACUGAUCUAACAGAACUUAAUUAUAAUGAUCAUUGGAGAGAAAUUAAAAUUGAUCUUCAACGAGUAUCUGGCAAAGGUUUAGGAUUUUCAAUAGCUGGUGGUACAGAUACACCGUGUAUUAAUGAUUCUCCAGCAGUUGUUAUCACACGUAUUACUGAAGGUGGUCUUGCUGAUAUAGAUCAUCGAUUGAAACUUCAUGAUAUAAUUUUAAGUGUUAAUGAUAUUGAUUUUACUCAUAUUGAACAUCAAGUAGCCGUUGACACACUUAAAUCAGCUGAAAGUCCAGUUAUUUUAAUAAUUCGUCGUUUAGAACCACCGAUUGUCGAAGAAAUUAUAUUAGAAAAACCAUCUAAUGUUCAUUUAGGUUUUUCAAUCGCUGGUGGAAUUAGUCACGAACAUGUUAAAGGUGAUUAUGGUAUAUUUAUAACAAAUAUAAUUCCAGGUGGUAUUGCCGAUAAAAAUGGACGAUUAAUAGUCGGUGAUCGUUUAAUGAGUGUACAAUCAAUGAAAAAUACGUAUGAUCUUGAAUUUGUUGAACAUAAACAUGCUGUUGACACUAUUCGACGUGCAUGUGAUGAAGGUCAAAAACUAACUUUAAUAGUUGGCCAUCCAACUGUUUAUUCGUUACAUACACAACUUCAACCAACUAAUACUUCUAUUCAAAAUCAAUUAAUAUCAAAAAACGAAACAAAUGGACAUCGAUUAAUGAAUAAUGAUGAACAAGAAGAAAUUUCUUCUGAACGUCAUGUAUUACUUCGACGUGGUCCAAAUGGUUUUGGCUUCAAUAUUAUUAGUUCUGAAGGUGUACCAGGUACAUUUAUAUCGUUUAUUCAAUCUGGUGGUGUAGCUGAUAAAUCUGGACAAUUACGUAAAGGUGAUCGAAUAUUAUCUGUAAACGGUAUGGAUUUACAAGGAGCUAAUCAUGAUGAGAUUGGAAAAAUACUUAUCGGCUGUGGUGAUACAGCGAAUAUACAUGUUAUUCACAAAUAUAAUGAUUUUCUUCAAUGUCAAGUUCGCAAUGAUGAACGUCGUAAUAAAGUAACAAGUGAAGCAGCUAGCAGUACAGUUAAUUUAAAGACUUCAACACUAAAACAAUUUUUUGUUCGAGCGGAAUUUGAUUAUGAUCCAACAAGAGACCCAAGUUUACCAAGUGGUCCUGGUUUAACAUUUCGUACAGGUGAUAUUCUUCAUGUAAUCAAUGCUGUUGAUGAUUCUUGGUGGCAAGCAAAACGUGUUACUGAUGGUAGAGAAGAAACAGGAAUAAUUCCAUCAAAAUCGAGAGUAGAAAAAAAAGAACGAGCUAGACAAAAGCGUGUGAAUUUCAAUCAGAGUAAUACAUCGGAUCAUGAGAAAAAGAAAAAGAAAAAAAUUGGCUUAUUUACUAAAACGGGUGAUAAAAAAGAUUUACAAUCAGGUGAAGACACUGAAAAUGAAUCAGAAAAUUUAGAACCUGUACCGUCAUAUGAAUUGAUUACUCAACAUAAAAUUGAUUAUUCACGACCACUUAUUAUAUUUGGACCAUUUAAAGAAAUUAUUAAUGAUCAACUGAUAAGUGAUCAUCCAGAUAAAUUUGCUAAUUGUAUACCACAUACAACACGACCAAAACGCGACAAAGAAGUUGAAGGUCGAGAAUAUCAUUUUGUUGCAAAUCGUAAACAAAUGGAAGAUGAUAUUCAAAAUUAUUUAUUUAUUGAAGCUGGAGAAUAUGGAGGAAAUUUAUAUGGUACAAGUAUUAAUGCUGUUCGUGACGUAGCUUAUUCUUCAAAACAUUGUAUCUUGGAUGUAAGUGGUCGUGCUAUUAAACGUUUAAUUAGAGCUGGUCUUUAUCCAAUUGUUAUAUAUGUUAAACCACGUGAUAUUAAAUGGAUAUUGAAUAACAUGGGAGAAGAAGCAAACGAAGACCGAGCUAAGCAAAUCUAUGAGAAAUGUAAUGAUAUUGAAGAACACUUUGGUGAUCUUUUUACAGUUACUAUUGAAGAAGAAAAUUUAAGUGAUGUUUAUGAUCGUAUAUGUGAGGUCAUGGAUCAUGAAAAUACAGUUAAGUCUGUUUGGAUACCAACAGAAGAAAAAAUUUAA